AUGUCCAAGAGAGCUGUUAUAGCAGUGACAAUCUUUGCUAUGACAGCAUGCUGUGUACCAACCUUCAGCCAAAUCUACUACGGCGCUGCGCGUUUAUACGCCUACCAACACUUCGUGGGUAAUGGAUACAUCGCUUCAAUUGUUGAGGACUGCAACGUGCAAGCAGGCGAGACAAAGCUCAAGUACCUUCAGUGUGCCAGUGACGCUCUCACAUACAUGCUCGGGGCGGCCGUUGCCAUUGGAGCGACAACUUCACGAACCGGUACCGCAGCUGAAUACAUUGCGAAUCAAGGUCAAACGUUGUGGGCCCGCGAUGAGAAUGAUUUCGAACCUAUGUGGAAUUGGACCUCCAUCGACGAGAGCCCGAGCAACUUCUAUGAACAUCUGGGUCAACAUCUCCCCGGGGAUAUGGUUCUCACGGGAGGCAACAUCACGCACUUCGGGCUCGAUGGCAACGCAGCCGUGGCCAAGCAUCACGAAGGCCACCUUUAUGUUCACGCAAACAAUGUGACCCAUGGUGUCGUUGGGAAGUAUCGUUUGCCGGAACAAAAGGACCUCACCAAGAGAACUACAUACACAUGGGACUUUGGAAAUAUGGCCGGACUCAAGUACUCCUAUAAGAAUGUAUGUGGCGACUACAAGAGCCAGUACGAUCAGUCCUGGAUGCAUGGUUUGUACGAGCUGUCGUACAAUUUCAUGAGCUGGGCCUACAAUAGCAAUAGGGCCAACAGCUAUGCCAUAAUUCUCUAUGAUCGAGCCAACGGAGACGCGCCUUUUGUUAGUGGAUAUCUGAUUGCCGAAACUAACGGGUUUGGACACAAUUAUGAGGGGAGUCCGAGUCCCCAGGGAAUAUGCCACGCUUAG